UGAGAUAGAACCCAGAUCUAUUCGAGGUGCGAUUCAUUAGAGUAUACCACUUCAAAACGUUUAGAUAUUUGAAAGUAACAUUAAUACAUUGCAAAAUGUUCAAAGAAGCAUGUGAUCCAUUGAAACAUACUAGUAUGUACCAGAGAGCUGAAGAAGAUAGCGAGGACAGUGAUGGCGAAGGAGGACUUGGAAACGUUAGUCGGGUUAUCAUCCGACCUCCAGGUCACAGCGGGAAGGCGAAACGCGGUCAUCUCUGCUUCGAUGCAGCCUUCGAAACCGGUAACCUGGGACGGGUCGAUUUGGUGGGUGAAUUCGAGUAUGAUCUCUUCCUGCGGCCUGACACCUGCAAUCCCCGGUACCGUUUCUGGUUCAAUUUCACCGUAGACAAUGUGAAACAGGACCAACGGGUAAUAUUCAAUAUCGUCAACAUCAACAAAAGCCGAACGCUGUUCAAGGACGGUAUGACACCACUGGUCAAAUCCACCAGCCGACCCAAGUGGCAACGUCUUCCGCGGUGUGAGGUGUUUUACUACAAAUCUGCCGUCCAUCAGAACCACUAUGUUCUGAGCUUUGCAUUCGGAUUUGAUAAGGAGGAUGAAGUGUACCAGUUCGCAUUGACGUAUCCGUAUUCGUACUCUAAGCUGCAAGCGUACCUAAGCGUGUUGGAGAGUAAAUACCCAAACUCGUUUGAGAGAACGACGCUUGGGAUGACAAUUCAAAACCGCAAGCUGGAACUGGUCACUUUCGAUGAUGUUAAAAAGCCGGAUAAGGUCGAUCAUAAAAACUUGAUUCACAUGGUGGUGGUUUUGGCAAGGAUACACCCGGGAGAAUCACCUGCUUCGUACGUAGUGCAAGGGCUUAUCGAAUACUUGGCUGCAGCCAGUCAACCCGUUUCGAAAGCUCUGCGUGAGAAUGUAGUGUUCAAAAUCGUACCGAUGCUGAAUCCGGAUGGUGUGUUUCUUGGAAACAAUCGAUGCAACGUAAUCGGUCAUGAUUUGAAUCGAACGUGGAACAAAUUGUCUCACUAUACCCAUCCGACACUGACGGCAGUUAUGAAAAUGAUUAAGGAGUAUGACAACUCGAGUUGUUAUCAGGUUGAUUUCGUGAUCGACAUUCACGCCCAUUCGACCUUAACGGGAACAUUCAUCUACGGAAGUACGUAUGACAACGUGUAUCGCUAUGAGCGCCACUUGGUAUUCCCUAAGCUGUUUGCGUCAAAGUGUGAAGACUUCUGCCAGGAACACAUGAUGUUCAAUGCCGACGACAGGAAGUCGGGAACCGCCCGAAGACACUUUGUCGAUGCGUUGAGUGAUACCGUUAACACCUACACAUUGGAGGUGUCGAUGUGCGGGUACUUUCUAAAUGAUACCAACAUAAUGACGCAGUAUACCGAGGAUGGAUAUAUGCGAAUCGGUCGAAAUCUGGCACGGACAUUUCUGGAGUACUAUCGCUUCACCAACAUUCUACCGAUUCCUCCGAUGGACGAGCUUCGAUCACGCAAAGGGCGCCCACGAACGCACCGACCGAGGACCCGUUCCAGAAACCGUAGUGAGGUACAUUUACGGCCGAAAACAGUCCGUACCUAUGCACCAAUUAGCUACACCGACCUCUCGAUCUGCUACGAUAGUUCAAGCUCCCCGGAAGGAUCACCCAUUCGCUACAUGUACUCGACCUACGGUGGCUUCCGAAUGCGGGCUCUUGGAGUACCUGAUCAGUAUUCACUGUCCAACAUCCAGGCGGCUCGGUUUAGUAAUCUAGAUUUCAGCAACGAUUUCCGGUUUAAGGUUACGCCCAAAGCCAAGACAGGUCUGGACCACAAAAUGCCCCCGAUCGAGAUAUUAAACAUUCCGCCAAAACCCUGCCUUACAAUAAUCGAUUUCAAUCAACUAACCCGUGGAGGUCUGGAGGAAGCCACCUCCGGACGUACAUUCGAACGGGAAAAGGAUAAAAUUCGUCGCCAUAUAAUGAAAAGCAGCUCAAGAAAGGCGUAG